AUGGUAAAGAUAAUAAAUAUUUCAUUUUUUUAUAUAAAGCAGCUAAUGGUGCAGGGGGUAUUAAGCAAAAGAAAGGGGAAAGUUGUUCAAAAAAAGAGAAUGAGUCUGUGCAAGUAUAAGAAAAUAAAGAAAAAGUGCGGAUCAAAGGAGAAAGAGAAGAGACAAAUAAGAAACCAGAUUGAAGAACACUUAAAAGAGAAGAGUAAACGAGUAUAAAAGUAUUAUAGCUCUUUUUAUACUUGCAAAUAAAAUUAUUUCUAUACGAAAUAACCCGAAUAUUAGAAGUAACUCAGUCACACAAAUAGAGCGAACUUUAUUGUAAUAAGAGAGAAUAUGAGAUAAUUAAUGGAACUGUCUUUGUUGUUGAAUACAGAAGACACUUUAUGAUAUCUAAUAUAAACAAUAAUAUACAGAA